AGUUAUGUCAGUUCACAGCUGAUUUAAAUUAAAAUGGAAGCAACAAUAAAAAUAAGAGAGAAAAUUCCAAGUUUCGGACUUACAAAAAAAACGCCUGAUCUGGCAGCUCCAGAGCCGUCGCGAGAGGAAAUCGCGCCACCCGUCACGAAAAUCCACAGGAAAUGCACGCUGACAAUUUGUCAAUGGUUCGUCUACAGCCUCACAGCAGCCUGUCUGGCCCUGAACAUAUCGGACAUGUUUAUCUAUGUGAAGACGAUCUCUGGGAUCAGUGGCUGUGGGCGGUGCAUAUUCCUGCAGUACCAGAUCAUACUGAUGGUAGUGGUGGGGCUGGUCGUGUUUCUGCUAUGCGUCAUCCCCGUCGUGGUGCUCAAGCAGAGCGUCCAGGGCCUGCGCACUUUCGUAAUGCUGCUGUUUCUGGCCACGUGGCUGCAGAUGAUGAUGAUCGUCCUGCUGUCCCAUGACUAUCCCCUUGUUCACGACAUCGAAAAGAUCUGGACACGGCACAAGAGUCUGGAUUUCUACGAGCACAAGUACGAGUGCUGCGGCAUGACGGGACCCAUUGACUACAAAUUGGCCAAGGACGAGGUGCCCAGCAGCUGCUUCAAGGACCGCAGCAUGAGAUCCCAGGACCUGUACAAGUCUGGCUGUGCGACCAAGAGGAGCAGACCCUCGGACUUGGCCCUCACCGAGCUGCUAACCAUCGCCUGUCAGUACGUCCUGAUUGUGGUCAUACUCUUCCACAAGAUGUACCUGAAGCGCAACCUGGUGCCAGCCCGAUCCCUGAGAGCACUGAACGCUGCGCGUAUCCACCUCCCGCCGUAAUAGCAAAUUGCAUUUGCAUUCGGUUUUGAGGGAUUCAGUCCGGCAUGCGGGACUGGCAUGCGGGACAAAUUGGAUUGGAUUGGACUCUACUCUGCCUUGGAUUUCCUCAUAUUUCACCAGCUGCAAUCAAUAACGAUAAACACUCGAGUCUCCUUUUGAGUCUCCUGCCGAAAGGGAUUCAAUGUCCAGGGUCCAGUGUCCCGUUUCCCGUGUCCGGUAUGCAUAUGGAUGAGCCAAUAAAGAAAUCAACAAAGCAUGUCGAGGCGAUUGAAAAAGUAUUGCAAAUGCCAGGAUAGCCAGGAUAGCCAGGGAUUUGGCCACGGACACGAAGAGAGACAGGGACAGAGCUCGACAAUCGCAACAAUAUGCAAAUGCAGCUAAGCGGCAAAAUAUUCAAGGACAAUCCACCCAUUCCCAUUCCCAUUCCAAUCCAAUCCCAUCCAUCCCAUGCCAUGCCAUCUCGAGUUUAUUUCUCUUUUAUGUCGGUACAUAAAUUUUAUUGUUGUCAACAUUAAAUUCUGGUCGUCGUGGAAAACAA